UAAAGAGCAUGUUAUCUGGCAAGUCCAUUCCACCCCCGGUGGUUAUUAAUUUCGGAACACAUCUGAAUUCCUUCUCUGUGGCAUAUGCUUUAGCAGAGGAAAAGACAGCUCCAGGCCAGGGUCAGAUUUCAAGUUCUCAUCUGUUGGUACCACUACCAGAUCCCUCUUUGUCGUCAACUUUUGAGAUCUUCCCUGAGUACAACUUGGUUUCCGAAGUGCUACACAAGUGCCUCUGGUCAUCAUUCUCUUCACACAACCACAGUCUCCUCUCCUGGAAAAGCGUCUACUAUACUGAGCUUUGCUUUUGGAAAGAACUUCUCCCUGAGACCAGGUUGAGAGCAACUCUCUGGUGCCAUACUUCCCAGCAUGGAGCCAGCUUCAUGUCCGCUGUCACUGUGCUGGGGACCCCGGCCGAGGUCUACCGCUUUGGGGCAUCCUUCGUCCUCUUCUUCAUUGCAUACGCAUUUGUUAUCAUCUUCACAUCAGAGCUCUUUCUCCCUGUGUUCUACAGAUCUGGCAUCACCAGCACAUAUGAGAUUCUCUACACAGGAGUGGUGGUGUAUGCUCCUGCUCUGGCCCUCAAUCAAGUGACUGGGUUUGAUCUCUGGGGCUCUGUGUUUGCAACAGGAAUUGUUUGCACAUUCUACUGUACCCUGGGAGGAUUAAAAGCAGUGGUGUGGACCGAUGCAUUUCAGAUGGUUGUCAUGACUGUGGGCUUCUUAACGGUUCUCAUUCAAGGCUCAGCCGAUGCUGGUGGAUUACACAAUGUAUUAGAGCAAUCAGCAAAUGGAUCUCGACUAAGUAUAUUUGACUUUGAUGUAGAUCCUCUCAGGAGGCACACUUUUUGGACAAUCUCAGUGGGAGGAACUUUUACAUGGCUUGGAAUCUAUGGAGUUAAUCAGUCGACCAUCCAGCGAUGCAUCUCUUGCAAAACAGAAAAACAUGCCAAGCUAGCCUUGUAUUUCAACUUGUUGGGCCUCUGGGUCAUUCUGGCAUGUGCUGUCUUCUCUGGCUUAAUCAUGUACUCCCACUUCAAAGACUGUGAUCCUUGGACUUCUGGUAUCAUCUCAGCACCAGACCAGCUGAUGCCAUACUUCGUCAUGGAGUUAUUUGCCACAAUGCCAGGACUUCCAGGACUUUUUGUGGCUUGUGCCUUCAGUGGAACUCUGAGCACCGUGGCUGCCAGCAUCAAUGCCUUAGCGACAGUGACGUUUGAGGAUUUUGUCAAGAGCUGUUUUCCCCAUCUCUCCGACAAGCUGAGCACCUGGACCAGUAAAGGCUUAUGUCUCUUGUUUGGCGUGAUAUGUACCUCCAUGGCUGUGGCUGCAUCCCUCCUGGGGAGCGUUGUACAGGCUGCUCUCAGCAUCCACGGCAUGUGUGGGGGACCGAUGCUGGGCUUGUUCUCUCUGGGAAUCCUGUUCCCUUUUGUGAACUGGAAGGGUGCCCUAGGAGGCCUUCUGACUGGGAUCAUCUUGUCAUUUUGGGUGGCCAUUGGGGCCUUAAUUUACCCUGCACCAACCUCCAAGACAUGGCCUUUGCCUUUAUCAACUGACCAGUGUGUCCCAUCAAAUGUGACAGAAUCCGUGCCUCCAGUGCUGUCCAGCAGACCUGCCAUCGCUGAGACCUGGUAUGCGCUCUCCUACCUAUACUACAGUGCAGUAGGCUGCCUGGGAUGCGUGGCUGCUGGAGUAAUCAUCAGCUUUGCGACAGGUCACCAAAAGGGCAAGGAUAUUCAACCACUGCUAAUUAGACCGGUUUGCAAUUUAUUUUGCUUUUGGUCCAAGAAAUACAAAACACUGUGCUGGUGUGGUGUUCAGCAUGACAGUGGAACAGAGCAGGAAAACCUUGAGAAUGGCAGUACCUGGAAACGAGGGGCUGAAUCUGUCUUACAAAACGGCCUCAGGCGAGAAAGCCUGGUCCAUGUUCCAGGCUAUGAUCCCAAGGACAAAAACUAUGACAACAUGGCUUUCGAGAAGAUUACCCAUUUCUAAGGCAACACACACACACACACACACACACACACACACACAUACACACACACACACACACACAUCACACAGCCCGCAUACUUCUUGCCCAUUGGUUAGUAGACUUCUCUACUUGCCCCUGCUAGAAGACAGGGAUGUCUAAUAUGUAUUUACACUUAUUUAAGACCACAAAUAACAUGACUGUUCCCCAGAAUAUUCUGAAGGUUAUUCUUUGGAAGACCCCACUUUCAGGUGAGAAAAAACAGCCAAGCGUUAAGUGCCCCGGCAACUUCCUUUUUGAAUAAACUAGGGCUUGAUUUCAUCAUAGUGCAAGAAUCAGUCUCCUUGCUUUGUGUUAUAAUAAACUUCAGGGAUUUUGUUUGUU